AUGGCCGCCGCGUCCUCGGCCCAGCCUCGUCCAAGGCGCAGCGCCCGCAACUUGAAGCGCGGAAACGACAUCAAGAAGGAAGAGUCUCCCGACGAGUCGGCCGGCGAGCUGCUCAAGGCGACGGCCCCGGCCAAAAGGGCCAGGAAGCGGGUCAAGACGGAGGCGUCCCUUCCACCGCCCAAAGACGAAGAUGUCGACACACCUCUGACUGCGGAUGACAGCGACGACAAGAGGGACAACACCAGCGGUCCCCAGAAAACACCCGCCAAGACGGCCCAGGACCGUGCCGCCCAUCUCCAGGCCCGCAAGCUUAAGUCCUUCUCGGCCUACGCGAGCCAAUCCCCCUUCCGCCACAUGGCGCGCCCGACGCCGCAAGAAUGCCGGCUCGCCCACGGCAUCCUGGCCCGGCUGCAUGGGGAUCGCGUCCGGCCCGACACGGUGGUUGCGCCGACGGGGGCCGCCGGGUGCGGCAACUCGCCGUCCGUGCUCGACGCCCUGGUGCGCACCAUCCUGUCGCAAAACACGAGCGACCGCAACAGCUCGCGCGCAAAGCGCAGCAUGGACGACGUCUACGGCGGCAGCGACCGGUGGGACGCCAUUGUCGACGGCGGCCAGCCGCGGCUGCAAAAGGCCAUCCAGUCGGGCGGCCUGAGUGUCGUCAAGUCAAAGGCCAUCAUGGGCAUCCUGCAGCAGGCAAAGGCCCGCUACGGCGUCUACUCGCUCGACCACCUCUUUGGCGCCUCCGACGACGACGCCAUGCGCGAGAUGCUCUCCUUCCAGGGCGUCGGGCCCAAGACGGCCAGCUGCGUCCUGCUCUUUUGUCUGCGCCGCGCGAGCUUCGCCGUCGACACCCACGUCUACCGCAUCACCGGCCUGCUGGGCUGGCGCCCGCCCGCCGCCUCGCGCGAGGAGGCCCAGGCCCAUCUCGAUGCCAGGGUCCCGCCCGAGGAAAAGUACCCGCUCCAUGUGCUCCUCAUCAGCCACGGCAAGAAGUGCGCCGAGUGCCGCGCCGGCGGCAAGAACCUGGGCCAGUGCGAGCUGAGAAAGGCCUUUCGACGGGGAAAGCUCGAGGGCGAGGCCGGCGAAGACAUGAAGGAGGAGGAGAUGAAAGCGGUGAAGCAGGAGGACGGUCAGGGAGAGUGA